CGAUUUAUCUAUCGAAACAGUGUUCUGCAGCGUUUGUUUGUAGUUGGACGUCUGUGCGUCUGUGAUUAUUUAAAGUUUAUUAAGAGAAUUGUACGCACAUUAAUUAAAGUACAAGAUGGGUAUGCCAAAACAUGCUCAAUUUUUGGCUCGUACAGUUAUGGUCCAAGACAAUAAUAUUGAAAAAGCAGCUCGUUUAUUGAAUUCCAUACUAUCGAGAGAAGGAAUUUUUACCCAAUUUAGACGUACUAGAUAUUAUGAAAAACCUACAGCCACAAGGAGGAGAAUAAAUUACGAAAAAUGUAAAGCUAUUUAUCACGAAGACAUGGAAAGAAAAAUUCAAUUUAUUUUAAGAAAAAACAGAGUUGAUCCGUAUCCUGGUUGCUCAUAAAUUAAAUUUACGAUGUAUUUAAACAUACGUACACAUAAAUGUUUGUAAUUAGUGUUGUAUGUUAAAAUAUAUGCGUUUCAGAUACUAAUGCAAGCUAGGAAAAAUAAGGUACCUAUCACACUUUGUAGUUUUCAUGUUAUUUAUUAAAUUCUUUUAUUUUUAUCGUUAUUAAACCAACGUUAAAGCUGCGGAAACCUACAAUAUUCGGUAGCGUACAUAUACAUUUUCAUGUGUUGAUAGAACAAUAAGUGCAUUCACAUUUUGUGAUCUGUUCUGUGUCGAUUUGAGUACAUAAAUGUUAAUGGCCGGCGGCAACUUUCUAAAAUAUGUUUUGUGAGGAUCCAACCAGUAAUUAAUUAAUUAUAAUAAAUUUAAGAUCCAUUGCUCGAUCCCAGUUUAUCUGAGCUGGGGAACUUUCAUAGUUUUCUGCUUUCCGGUGAUCAAUUUCCGUAUUUCAACGAUUAAAUAAUAAAGAAUAUCAUCUCA